AUGGCCAUACUUAAAGACGAAAGGCGACAUUUUGAAAAUGUUUCUCUCGACGAGAAACAUCAUUUCAGUACCAAAUCAUCAUUACAAGUGGAAGACGAAAUGGACCAUCCAAGCAUCGCCCAAGUUGUCCCUCCAGCCAUCCACGUCCCUCCAGCCAUCCGCCAAGUUGUCCCAAUUGAUAAAACAUGGUGGGGAUUCAUCAAGACCGGCUCGAACUUAAUCCGCAAUGGAUUGUACUUCGUCGCAUGGCCGUUCAUUGCUACGACAUUAGGCUUUUGUGUCUGGUUUACAUUUUCAAGAGUACUACACCCUGUGAAUAGCGAUAUCAUUAUCGCACGAGAAAUCGUUGACAUUGCCAUCCGGAUUCGCCAACAGUGCGGGUGCGGUUCGUGA